AUGAGUGACGACAACAAGGAUGUGCUGCGCUUUGCGGCCGAGUAUGCGGAAAAGAACGUCGACCUAUACGAACUCCUCGGCGUAGAUGCUCUCACACCAAAAGAUGACAUUCGCCGGGCCUGGCGUAAGCGCUCCCUCAAGUACCACCCGGACAAGGCUGGCGACAACUUUGACCCGGACAAGUGGGAGCUUUUUGAGCGCGCGCGUGACAUUCUCUCCGACGACAAUGCCCGCGCCACGUACGACGCGUCCAUGAAGGCCAAGCUGCUGCGGCGCCAGGAGCGCGACGCCAUGGACAAGGAGCGCAAGCGCUUCGCCGACGACCUCGAGGCCGCCGAGAACGCCGCGCGCCACCAGCAGCAGGCCAAGCAGCAAAAGGACACGGAGAUGAUGCAAAAGGAGCGCGAGAGGCUGGCGGAGCUGCAACGCAUGCGCGACGAGGAGAAUGCGCGCCAGGCCGCCGCCGCGCAGGAGAUGGACGACAUGGCCGAGGCGCGCCGACGCCUCAAGGAGAGAAAGGAGGAAAAGGCGAAGCGCAAAGAGGCCAAGGAGCGCAUCAAGUCUAGCUCCCUCUACAGCAAAAAGGACAAGGGUCCCGCAAAUGGUGUCAUUGAUGUACCGGGAGACUACCUUGUUGACAUUGAUGGCGACCAGAAAAUGUAUUGGGAGCUCGUGUGCGACAAGCUCCGAGCGCGGCAAGCACUCACGGACAUGAACCAAAAGGACAAAUCAGAUAUACAGGAUGCUGUUAUGCAGGGUCUGCAGCAAACCAUGACUACGGCCAAGCAACGCAUACACGACGCAGAGCUCGCAUAUCAGCGCGGAACCGGAACAGCUUGA